GUGAGCUAAGAGGACCCAGUGGAGCGAAAUCACUCUGCUUCUUUCGCCUGGGGUGCAGGAACGGAGACGAUUACGGCACAGGACAAGAGCGUGGAAGUCGGAAAAACUGCUUGGAUGAGUGCUGAAGACCAGGAGUAUGCGUCUUCAAAGAUGAUCACACAGUGCCUGAGACUCGAUGAUGAAGAUGGAUGGAUAAAUGUGAAUUGGGAUAAAGGCAGAAAGAAGAAAGAUGGUCCAGCCUUUUUUCCUGCAAAGGUUUUAAUGAUUAGUGACAACAACAGUGACCUCUGCCAGAAGAGGGAGGAAUUCAUAAAGGGUGUAGACAUCUGGAACCAAACACUCAAGAGGAAGACCAAGCCAAACAGUAGGUGGAUGAAGGACAUGGAAGAUAAGGAUGAAAGGCCAACAAAACAGCAAAAGAGCAAAAAGGCAACCUGUACCCCAAAAGAAGCAUCAGACCAAAUAAUUGAAGGCCUGAAGAAGGAGUUGAUGGCAAAGCAAGCAUCUUUAGAGUCAAAUACUGAAAAGGAGGAGUCAUCAGAUGAGGACCUGCUGCCCAGGAACUGGAGUAAGGCACAGCAGAAAAUAAAGGAGCUUAAAAGAGAGAACAAGAGGCUGAAAGAAGGCAGUAUUAAAGAGAUAUUAGAUGCCAUGAGAGAGCUUCCAGUGGUAGUUGCAAAGAUGAAAGAAGUAAUUGAAAAUGUUACAUUUCAAACCUCAACUCCUGCAUCCAACUGGUCAACAUCCACAACAUCUGUGGGCUCACCAGUUUCUGCAUGUGUUUCUCCUCAAGUAGUGUCUGAUGAUAUGGUGUGUCUUCUGCCAGGCUCUAAUGUUGAAGUCCCUAGACGAAAGCUUAACUCUCUGCGGACGGCAAAUCCGUCCGUGUACAUCGGGGACCUUGCUGUGCUUGUCUAUGGCAGGGAAACAUUGUCACAUUCAAGUUUGACAGGGAGACAGUCAGGGGCACACAAAGACGUGGAAUCAAAGCCACAACUCGAAAACACAAAACUUGAUGCUAUAAUUGGUCAUGCUCUAUCAAAGUUCCCUGACAUCAGUGUCCAAGAUGUGAGACGCAUCAUAAGAAAAAAAUGCAACAACGAAAGCUAUACCAGGCAAGCCACAGCAAAGAAGACCAUGUGAAAAGAACUUUUUUCCCCUUUAGUUGAACAUUUUUGGUUACAUUUGUGGUUCCUCUGUCUCAGGAUGACCAUUUAACAACUGUACAAAAUUGCUUGUGGGC